ACAAAACACAAGAAACCAGGCAUCACCGGCGAAUUACUCAGCUGGGAAGAACCUGCAGAACGAAUCAUAGCAGUUACACGGGCCUUCACAAUCCAACGACCGCUGAACAUUCCGACUCUGUUCAUUGUCUUGUCACCGUGAAACUCCACCCCGCGAGGCUGUAGCCUCAACCGCAGCCCAUCAUGGAGCAGACAAAAGCUCUCAACGCUCUCGAGCCCUUCCUCGCUCUCUCCAAGUCGGCCACCUCUCCCCGCGCCGCCGCCGACCUCGUCACCCGAGCCACCUCCGCCCAAAACACCUUUCUCUUCACCGAACUCCUCCAAACACCCGCCAUCCAGGGCCUCACUGGUUCAGAGUUCGCGUCACACCUUACACUCCUACAGACAUUCGCCUAUGGCACAUACGCUUCCUACAAAACCACCGAGGGUCUGCCCGCCCUUUCAGAGGCCCAGGCAACAAAGCUCCGUCAGCUCUCGCUCCUCACACUAGCCCGAGACCGAAAGAACCUAUCCUACGCUGCGCUACAGGAUGCCCUCGACCUACCCGGGGCCCGGGAAGUUGAGACCCUCGUUAUUUCGGCUGUCUACGCCGGUCUUCUUCACGCUACGCUCGACCCAGCCCGUGCUGCGGUUCAAGUCACCAGCGUCGCGCCCCUACGUGACCUCGCCCCAGGAGCGAUACCCGACCUGGCUACGGCGCUCAAGGCAUGGUCAGACCGCUGCACUUCGACCCUCGGGGACUUGGAAACCCAGAUCAAGGAUAUCCAGACAACGGCCACGGCACGACAGCGGGAGCAACGUGCUACUGAUGAUAAGCUCAAGCAGCAAGUGAGUGAUGUCCAGGAGGGAAACGCCCGCGCGUUCGGCAUGACAGGCUUGACGAGGGAAAUGAUCAAUAGAAGAGGUCUUAACAAGCGACCCGUCAUGGAAGUCGGCAGCCUGCCAGAGAGUGAGCUCAUGGACGUGGACGAGUCCGAGGAGGAGAAGAAGCGAGCCAGCAAGCGCAAGAUGUGAUGAUACUCAGUGUCCCUGAUGACGGCUAGACACGGCGGCGAGAACUGCAUAAAACGUAUGUAUCACGAAGAACCACGAUGUAAUAGACGACAUAACGCCCUUGAUUAGCUA